AUGGGAAACAAUUAAAGAGGAUAAUCACAAACUCAAGUUAAUGAAGAGCCAUUAGAUUAAGCACCUACAAUUUAAAGAUCUUAGACCAUGAAUAUCCCUGUAGUAGUUUGAUCUAAUUACAUAGAUUAAAAAAGAGGACCUUGAUUUGGAUCCUUUAGAACAAUAAGUGCAGAUGGUUUUUGAUGAAUUAAUAGAAUCAAUUAAUGAAGUAAAAUAUCUCAUUAAUAUAAAAAGUUGGAUAAAGAUAUUGAAGCAAUGGUUAGAGAAUUAAAUUAAUAAUAAUAAUGA